AUGGACAUAAAGGAAAUAAGAAAUAAAUUCAAAUAUUACUUCGAAAAAGCUUACAAUUACGAAGAAGCAAUAAAAAGACAAAAUAUUGAUCACAAUGAUGUUGUGAGAUUACGACAGAAACUCGUAAGCUUUCCUCAUGUACCAUUACUGAUUCACGAUAAGAUUCUACUGAUAUUCUUAAAUGGAUGCGAGGGAGACAUUGAAGCAGCAGCAAAGCGCAUCGAAAGCUAUUACAAUAUCAAAAAUUCAUCUCCUGAACUUUUCUGGAAUAGAGAUCCAGAAUCAAAGGAAUUACAAUUUUCAUUCCAAAUUCAACAAAUGGCUACACUGCCAAUAUCUCCUGACAAUUGCGUUGUUUUCAUUCAUCGCACAGCAGAUACUGAUCCUCAUAAAUAUCAUUAUGAUGAUGUUUUUAAAAUGUUUAUGAUGAUGGCUGAAAUUGCAAUUUUCACCAAUGGACCACGAAAUGGUUCAAUUUUCAUAUCAGAUUGGACAGGCGCAAAAUUUGGACACUUGUUUCGUGCGAGUAUUAGCUCAAUUAGAAAAGGCUUAGAUUUCGUUCAAAAUGCAAUUCCUAUGGAAAUAAAAGCUGUACAUAUUUUGAAUUCUUCUUACCUUAUUCAGGUUUUGUUUUCAAUAAUAAGGCCAUUUAUGAAAAAAGAGCUGUAUGAUAUUAUCCACAUACAUCCAUCGAAUUUGAAUUAUGAAGAAUUUUUCGAAAAACACGUUCCACGACAUUGCAUGCCGGCUGACUAUGGUGGUGAAUUGCAGCCAUUAAAAAUCUUGCAUUCGAAAAACGUAGAGACACUCUUAUCAUACAAAGAAUAUUUUUAUUUAGAAGAGCUUUACAGCAAGCAAGAAUUUGAUCAAUAUGCUGAUGAACUUCUGAAAGACAGCAAAAUAUCUUUUAAUAAUUAAGACGUCAAGUAGUAACUUUAGACAUAGUAGAUAUGACAUAGAAAAUUAAAAGUUACACAAUUUUAAACAUGUAUAUUAUAGGCAGUGCCUGC